AAAACAACAUUAAUACAAAGACAAAUAUGGAUGACUUGUAUGAAAUACUAGGAGUCGAUUCUCGAGCCUCUGACAUUGAGAUCAAAAGAGCCUACAGAAAACUUGCAUUAAAAUACCAUCCUGACAAAGCUUCCGCUGAAGAGCGAGAAGAAGCCGAAGCUAAAUUCAAGGAAAUCUCGUUUGCAUAUGAAACUUUGAUUGAUGAGCAGAAGAGAGAUGAAUAUGAUAGGUACGGUUCGACCGGGAAUGGAUUUGGACAGGGAGGAAACUAUUCCAGCAACCCAUUUGAACAAUUCUUUGGUGGUAGCGGUGGAGAAUAUGGUGGAAAUAACUUUCACGAUUUCUUCAAUAAUAUGGACGAUCAACCAGGUUACAAUCACCAAGGACGUCAUAAUAGAACCGAAGAUGCCAGAAUCGAUGUUGAUGUCACUUUAGAGGAAUUAUAUACCGGGAAAACCAUCAGAAUCACAUCGGCACGUAAUAUCAUAUGUACUCAUUGUAAGGGAGUUGGGGCCAAACCAUCGGCAGUGUUGAAACAAUGUGCUUCCUGUAAUGGAGAAGGACACGUGAAAAAGAUCAAGCGUGUUGGUCCAGGAAUGAUCACUCAACAGUAUGUUGAAUGUACUACUUGUAAAGGAUUGGGAAAGAUUUAUCGAACUAAAGAUAAAUGUAAGUCUUGUCACGGAAAGAGAAUAGUGGAGGAGACGAAAAUAUUGGAAUUUGAAAUCGAAAAGGGAUCUCCAAAUACUGGUGUCAUUACCAAGAAGGGAGAAGCAGAUCAAUUCCCAGGAAAGGAAACUGGAGAUAUUAUCCUUACAUAUUCUUGUAAAGAACAUGAAUCAUUUGAUAGAAAGCAAGAUGAUUUGUAUACAAAGUUUAAAAUACCAUUGGUGGAUGCAUUAUCGGGAUUUUCUAAACUCGUAGCUAGACAUUUGGACGGCAGAGGAAUUAAAAUCAGUACUCCUAAAGGUAAAGUUAUAAGACCAGGGGAUUUAAUUAAAUUACCAGGAGAAGGUAUGCCAAAAAAGGAAAAGAAAGGCUCAUGGUUUAGCUCAGCUUCCAGCAAAGGAGAUUUAUACGUCGAAAUAGAAAUUGAAUUUCCUAGGGAUAAUUGGUUUGUUGAAAAGAACGACUUGUUGAAAUUAAGAAAUGUUCUUCCAACUGAUCUUGAAAAUAAACUUGGUGAGCAGGGCAUUAAUGGCCACACUAUACCCGAUGCAAGUAUAGAAAUUUUCACUGACUUCACUAUUGUUAAGUCAGAUGACUUGCCCUCAUACGAUGGUGAUGAACAACAACAACAACAACAACAACAAGGCAAUGGAUAUGAUCACCAUCAACAAGAGUACUAUUAUGGUAAUAGUGGGUAUGCACAACAACAGCAACCACCAGAAUGUGCUCAAAUGUAGAGAUAUAGAAAUCUUGUAAAUAGAUAUAAAGAAUUCACGAUUCUAUGUUUUAUUCCUAUUAAUAUACACAAAAGUAUAACCU